GUGGCCCUAUUCGAAGCCGAGGUCAACGACAACAACGAAGACAUGUACAACCUAUCGAACGAUAAGCUCUCGUCAUCCACACGCACACAGCAGAGUGACCAGAAGACGGCAACCGCACACUCCACCCCCGCACACAAACUCAUGGACCCCUUCUUCAAGACACACCUGACCAAGAAGCAGCUGCGCAGGUGGCACCGCCCAAUGCUCACCCCUGCACCUACAGACCAGUCGUUUGUAGUCAAAGAACUAAACCGAUACAUCAAACGGAAAGCAAAAGUGCGCGAGAAGGAGAGGGAGAAGAGUGGCGGUGGCGAUAUUUUCUUCAUGCGCAACCGACGAGACAUGUACCGGAAAG